UUAAUGUUAAACCUACACACACACACACACACACACACACACUGAGGGAGCAAACCCACUAUUUUGACUGGCAAAAAAAGCAGCGGAAGGCGAGGGCUUUAGAUCUAGCCGGGGAGGAAGCUAUGGAGCAACGAUCAUCAUCCCAUCAUUGAGCAGCAGCCAGUGGUGUAAUCAUUCGGCGAAGAAGAGCAAGAAGUGGUCUGGUCGAUUCUGUGUAUGUCUGCGGAGACCCCACAAUGCCCCGGCCGUACUUCUACAAAUUAGUGCUUCUCUCCACGAUUAAAGAGAAGAGACUGAGGAUUCCAGAUAAUUUUCUCAGGAAACACCGGGACGAACUUUCUCCUGUUGCGACCCUUCACGUGUCCGACGGCCACCUUUGGCGUGUUGGUAUUAGAAAGGCUGAUAACAAGUUCUGGUUCCAUGAUGGGUGGCAGGAAUUCGCUGAGCAUUACUCUAUAGGUAUUGGGUACUUCCUCAUCUUCAGAUAUGAGGGCAACUCUAUAUUCAACGUUUACAUCUAUAACCUGACGACGUCAGAGAUUAACUACCAGCCCCACGGCCGUAGCUCGGCCAGUGGAGAGCAAUAUCACCAAGUGAGACGGUACACACCGUGGAAUGAGAUGGAGGAUGAGGAAUCUUCUGAUGCUCUGGACACUGCAUCCCCAUACCGGGCUACUCCUGACUCGUUGAAGAAGAAAGCUGUAAAUAGUAGCAGCAGUGUAGAUCAGCUCAGUCUCAGCCGGAGUUUCAACCCCACAACUCUGCAGAGCUUGUUUAAUGGAAACAUGCAUCCUGGGGCGAAGAAUGCAGUUCACUCGCACCCAGGUGCCCGACCUACUGGUCAAGAAGUUCUUUAUUCAGGCAGGAUGAAGCUUAAGAGCGCCGGGGAUGAGGUCAAGGAGCAGGGACAGAAUGAAGAUGGCCGGAAACCCAAAAAACCUGGGAGGAAGAAGCGAAAAAUUGAACCCAGUGAGCCUAUGUCAUCAACUCAACCGGACGAGGAAUCAGAAAUGCGGUUUAGGUUCUAUGCAAGUGCUUCCACUCGGAAGAGAACUGUUACAGCAGAAGAAAGGGAAAGAGCCAUUAACGCAGCCAAAAUGUUUGAACCGCAGAACCCAUUUUGCCGGGUCGUCUUGCGGCCAUCCUACCUGUACCGCGGUUGCAUCAUGUAUCUUCCCUCCUGCUUUGCCGAAAAGCACCUAAACGGAGUCUCAGGAUUCAUAAAACUCCAGCGCGCUGAUGGGAAGCAGUGGCCCGUUCGAUGCCUUUACAGGGGAGGUAGGGCCAAGCUAAGCCAGGGAUGGUACGACUUCUCGUUGGAGAACAACUUGGAAGAAGGAGAUGUCUGUGUGUUUGAGCUCAUUUCCGCCCGAGAGGUCAUCUUGAAAGUCACCACCUUCCGAGUUGUCGAUGAUGCCGUGUUGCUGAAUCAGCAUCCCCGAUAAUUAAGGAUAUAAUAGGAUUGGCUGUAUCUUCUGGGUCGGGGGUCUUGUUCCUGUUGGGUAACCCUUUUUCUUUUUAUUUUAUCCCAUGGUGUCUAGUUACUGAUCGGGUUUUCUGGGUGUGGAUUUUGAGCAGCAACUUAGUGUCUAUAUGCUCUCAAGUUCGAUUUAGCGUGAAUUGAACCUAAUUUGUGGCUGUUAGAAAGUUUCGGUGUCAGAUCUGUUGGCUUAAUGUGGUUUAGUCUUUCCCAGUUUCUUCCGUUGUCCUUUAAGGAGUGUAGGGCUGUAAAUACAUUGUUCACUUGAGCUAGUAAUGAAAUGCACCCGAACAGCAUAUAUCAAUCACUGUACUGUUAAA